GUGGAUAUAGAUAGAUGGAUACAUACAGCCCUUUAUAUCUAUAUAUACACACAUCUCACGAGAAAGAAAGGGGUACCUCAAACACCAUGGCUCUACGAUUAGGUCUCCUCUUCGUUUUCUCUCUCCUUCUCGCGACGUCGUUCGCGUUCGCCGACGACGAGGUGAACACCACCGAAGAUCUCUUAAUCCGGCAAGUAGUCGGCGACGAUCAUCUAUUGAACGCCGAUCAUCAUUUUUCGAUCUUCAAGAGGAGGUUUGGCAAAAGCUAUGCUACAAAGGAGGAGCACGAUUACAGGUUUUCGGUCUUCAAUGCUAACCUGCGCCGCGCGAAGCGCCUCCAGAAGCUUGAUCCAUCGGCGGUCCACGGGGUGACUCAGUUCUCCGAUCUAACUCCGGCUGAGUUUCGCCGGAAUUUCCUCGGAUUGAAGCGUAAGCUGAAGAUUCCGAAGGAUGCGAACCAGGCUCCGAUCCUUCCGACGAGUGAUCUUCCCGAGGAUUUCGAUUGGAGAGACCAUGGUGCCGUCACGCCCGUAAAGAAUCAGGGUUCGUGUGGGUCGUGCUGGUCGUUUAGUACGACAGGGGCAUUGGAAGGUGCGAAUUAUCUCGCUACAGGGAAGCUGGUUAGCCUUAGCGAGCAACAGCUGGUGGAUUGUGACCACGAGUGUGAUCCAGAGGAAGCAGGUGCUUGUGACUCGGGGUGCAAUGGUGGGCUGAUGAAUAGUGCCUUUGAGUACACUCUUAAAGCUGGUGGACUCAUGCGAGAAGAAGAUUAUGUUUACACCGGUACUGAUGGUGGAACCUGCAAAUUUGACAAGACCAAGAUCGCUGCCAAAGUGGCUAACUUCAGUGUUGUCUCCCUUAAUGAAGACCAAAUUGCUGCAAAUCUUGUGAAAAAUGGUCCGCUUGCAGUGGCGAUCAAUGCAGUUUUCAUGCAGACAUAUGUCGGGGGAGUUUCAUGCCCAUACAUAUGCUCGAAGAGGUUGGACCAUGGUGUGUUAUUGGUCGGGUACGGUUCAGCUGGCUAUUCUCCUAUUAGAAUGAAGGAGAAGCCAUAUUGGAUCAUAAAGAACUCUUGGGGAGAAAACUGGGGUGAGAAUGGAUUCUACAAAAUCUGUAGGGGUCGUAAUAUCUGUGGCGUGGACUCUAUGGUCUCCACCGUUGCUGCUGUUACCACCUCACAUUAGCCAUAUGAAUGAUGAUAUAUGUGCAUCAAUUUAUGUAUUUCUAUGUAUAUAUAAGGAAGAAGCAACUUUCUCUAAAUUAGUUAUAGCAUUCCUCCCAAGUAUUCCCAAGAUCAAGAAACAUAUUAAUUAACGUUGUAAUCUGCAUCUAUUGCCAAGUUCCUUCCUUUAUCUUUGUUGUCGUGGUAUAAGAUUGUCUUCGCCUUUGAUGCUAUGAAUAAUUAUCAAUCUUCUUUAGCUGUGUAAAUCUCCGAUCUGUCAGUUUACAUAUCUUAUAUUUUAGACAUACUAUAAUAGUACUGAUUAU